AUGUCCGAAGAAUCCCUCCUCUCCCAACUCUGCAAUAUCUGCCACAUCAACGUCCCCAAAUACCGUUGUCCUCGCUGCGCCGUCCGCACAUGCUCCUUACCCUGCACCCGCAAACACAAAACCUGGUCAUCAUGUACCGGCGUCCGCGACCCUGCCGCUUACCUGACGCGAUCACAACUCGAGACCGAGGCGUCAUUCGACCGCGACUUUAAUUUUAUCACGGGGAUUGAGCGUCGACUCGAACGCGCCGAGCGCGAUGCGGAGAAUAGAGGGAUUGAGUUGGAUCAUAAGUAUAUGCUAAAGAAGACUGGCGACACUAGUAAUGGAGGCAAGAAAAGGAAAAGAGGUCCGAAUGGUGAUAAGCAGGCGCCGAGGUUGGUGAAGGGGGAGCUGGGGUUUGUGCGUGCUGCGGAGGAGGCGGGUGUUAGACUUGUCAGAGCUCCGGCGGGUUUGUCAAGGAGGAAGAUGAAUCAUUCUAGGGUUCAUCCUAAACAUAAAUGUCUCAACUGGAGCGUCGAAUGGAUUGUACCCUCAACCGGCCAGAAAAUAGUCCGACCUUGUCUGGAGACCACGCCGUUCAAAGAAGCUUACGAUCGAGUUUUCCCGGUUCCGAAAAGCGAUAUCAGUGAUAUCUCUACGGAUGAACAACAGCAACUCCCCACUACCGGAGAGAUUAUCGACAAUACGAAUUCACAUCGAAACAUCUACUUCUACCUUCAUCGUCAUCGAGCAGCCACCAAGGAUAUUGUGCUGGUCCCAUUGCAACCCUCAGCAACGUUACGGGAUGUUCUUCGUGGGAGGAGUGUGCUUGAGUUUCCUACCAUAUAUAUAAUGAGUGAUGAUCUACGCUGUCAGCAAGAAGAGGAUUCGAAAGCUGCGGGUGCUGACGCGUUGACGUCGGCUAAUAUGGGAAAUUUUGUCUUGGAAGAAGUGUAUCUGAAAGAUCACCCGGAUGAAGCUGAGAGUGGAAGUGGAGAAGAAGAAGAAGAAGAAGAGGAGGAUUAUACAAGUAGCGAGGGUUCGUCCAGUGAUGGUUCAAGCGAUGACGACGACGAUGAGGACGAAGAAGACGAAGACGCAGACGAGCUGUUCGAAGCUAAAGACGAAGUUGAACUUGAAGUUCGUGGUGGUCAUGGACCUAGAAGCCAGGAUCAAAACGAAGCACUUGCCAAUUAG